AAUGUAUUGUCCCCAUCUGCAAUCUAGUCUGAACCAGCCAGUGUGAAUCUUUUAGGGAAUCGAUUAAAAAGAUUCGAUUCAAUAGGACGAUUCAAACCUCCCCGCCAUUAACAGUUGGAUCACCAGGGGGCGCCAGAGAUGAGAACCUGAACGUGGUGACGACAUAUUCAUGGGACAAGCGGUGGAAUUGAGUAGGACAUGACUUUGUCAAGUGUGUUUUCAGCUUAAAAUAGGCUAUAUUUAUUUUUUAUUAUACUUUGAUGAAUAGAGGAACUGUCUGACACCAACAUGUCUCUGCUCAGAGCCAUCAGAUACAACACUCAAACGUUGUGUAGAAAUGUAAUCGCGCGGUCGUGGUCCAGUCUGACCGAUGGAGAGGUGCGAAUCACACAGGUACUAAAGGAGAAGUUUCCUCACGCUUCGGCGCUCAAGGUUGUGGAUAUUUCAGGAGGCUGUGGUGCAAUGUACGAAAUACACAUCGAGUCUGACGAGUUUAGAGGAAAGAGAACAGUACAACAGCACCAGUUAGUCAAUCAGGCUCUUAAAGACGAGAUUAAAGCCAUGCACGGUCUACGCAUAUUCACUGAUGUUCCUAGAAAGUAGGAGCUUCUCAGCGUCAUUCUCACAUCGCGCCAGUCUGCCGUCUCACUACAAUAAUGUAUCACACACAUCUGUCUGUCUCCUUUUGAAGUAAAUAAAGCAGAGUUAUCACAGUGGCAGGGAAAGAUAGACUUUAUGAAUAAAAGCUGUACAGUUACAAAAAGAUAUACAAGGUAUGGUUCACGAAUGCUGUAAACGCACAAAAUAAAUGAAUGUAAUAUUGUUUUUGCCUAUAAAUGAGAGUGUGCAAGGAAAAAGGCGUGUGGAUUGACUCUUCAGUCAUAGUUCUUUGUUUGCAUUGUGUAAAAUUGCACUUGAUGUAGCUUUGUAAGUUAUCUGUUGUGUAUUCAGUGACAAGCAAAUCAAUUAUUAUGUAACAAGUAAUUGAUUCACUGCUUGUACAUUUUAAAUGACCAAAUCAAGUGUAAUAGUAGGUUUCUACAUAAACCAUUUUCACCACUAGAUGUCAUUUUUGUGUUUUUAACAUAGAAAGCAUUAAAAGUGAUAUUUUGAAUUGUA